AAAAAAAAAAAAACGAUCAUUCAAUAACGUCCAGCUAACGACACUCUGCACCCCGUCGCUGACGACUUCCACCGCCAGCCUUCCCGCAAAUUCGUGACUUUCACUUGUCGCAACUUCCAAAAUCCAUCCAAUUUGAAAAUCCUAAAUUCAUUUCAUCGGAUCUUCUUAUUGUCACAAUUUCAUUUCAUUUCAAUCACACACACACAUUCAGUGUGAUGCAGUUAUUAUUAUUAUAAAUAGUUAGGGUUUAAAAGAAUCAAUUGAAUUUGAGAAGGAGGUGGGAGAUGGAAGAGGUGAUAACAGCUGCAGAUGCGUCAUCAAGUUUCCGAUCAUACUCAUCGGAAUCUUCUUCUGUUCUUCCUUCCAAUUUGCCUCUCCUUUCGGCCUUUUUGUCCCUUUUUAUUGCUCAGUUUCUCAAAGUAUUCACUCACUGGUUUAAAGAGAGGAAAUGGGAUACCAGAAGGAUGCUUAGCUCAGGGGGUAUGCCAUCAUCACAUUCCGCAACAGUUACAGCUCUUGCGACAUGCAUAGGUUUACAAGAUGGCGCAGGUUCCUCAGCGUUUGCCAUUGCAGUGGUUUUGUCAUGUGUUGUAAUGUAUGAUGCAACUGGUGUUAGGCUUCAUGCUGGUCGGCAAGCCGAGUUAUUGAAUCAAAUUGUUUGUGAGCUUCCUCCAGAACAUCCACUUUCGAAUGUUAGGCCUCUACGAGAUUCACUUGGCCACACCCCAUUCCAGGUUGCAGCUGGGGCUGUUCUGGGCGUCGUGAUGGCCUUUAUUAUGAAUAUAUCAACCUAGUGGUUAAUCACUCCAUUAAUGUUGUUUAAGCUCAUCUAAAGAUAGCAGCUUGAAGACUCACUCUAAAGAUGGCAAUGUUCUUUGAUGCUCAAAGACGGUCUUCUCCCCGUAUAUUGGAAUAUAUUUGCAAAAGCUUCCCUGGACAACUAAUGUCGUUUUCAAUGAUACACUGCUCAUUCCUCAUGUAUAUUUUUCUAUUUUGACCAGUGAUGUGACUAGCACUCUUUGAGAACAAGAACUCUUAUUUCUGGAA